CCCGUUAGUGCCCCGCGGUCCAGCUGACAAUGUGGUGAUAAAUGACAGACCGGACUGGAAGAUCUCAGAGGUACUUCCCCGCUCAUCGAUUCCAUAUGUAGACACACGUUGAUACCCGGCCCCGCCCCGGCCCGCCCCGACCUGGCCCGGCCCCGCUCCGCUCCGCUCUUCUCCGCUCCUCUCCGCCCCGCGGGCUCUGCGGUGCCGGUGCCGGUCAUGGCGAUAGCAGCGCUCCUGUUCCGCGGGGCUGUCCGCCGUCCGCCCGGCCUCGUCUUUGCCCGGACGCUGGGCUCCGCGCCGCCGGGACCGGCGGCCCGGGGGGACGAGGAGGAGAAGGAGCUGCGGCAGCGGUUCAUGGCGCCGCCGGUGAGCGGGCUGCAGGAGCUGCGACGGCAGCCGGGGGAGAUACGGAGACGCAUGGAGCUGCUCAUGAUGGAGACGCAGAUGGAGGUGUGUUGCGCCCUGGCCGCCCUGGAGCCCGGCGCCUCCUUCACCGUCGACAGCUGGGAAAGGAAGGAAGGCGGAGGCGACAUCAGCUGCGUGCUGCAGGAUGGCGAGGUGUUCGAGAAGGCGGGGGUGAACGUGUCCGUCCUGACCGGGCUCCUGUCCGAGGAGGCAGCGCGGCAGAUGCGGAGCAGGGGGAAGACUCUGAAGGCCAAGGACGGGAAGCUGCCUUUUUUUGCCAUGGGUGUGAGCUCUGUUAUCCAUCCAAAGAAUCCUCAUGUUCCAACCACGCACUUCAACUACAGAUACUUUGAAAUUGAAGAAGCAGAUGGAAAUAAAGAGUGGUGGUUUGGUGGCGGGAUUGACCUCACUCCAACUUACCUGAAUGAAGAAGACGCCGUUCAUUUUCACAAGACUCUGAAAGAAGCCUGUGACAAGCAUGAUCUGAAGCUGUACCCCAAGUACAAGAAAUGGUGUGAUGACUACUUCUAUAUCAAGCACCGUGGCGAGCGAAGAGGGAUUGGAGGCAUAUUCUUUGAUGAUAUGGACUCCCCCUCCAAGGAGGAGGUGUUCCAGUUUGUAAAGAGUUGUGCCAAAGCUGUUGUGCCUUGUUACAUUCCCAUUGUGAAGAAGCACUGCCAUGACCCCUUCACCCCAGAGGAAAAGCUAUGGCAACAGCUUCGGAGAGGACGUUAUGUAGAGUUCAACUUGGUUUAUGACAGAGGUACUAAGUUUGGCCUCGAGAUAAGAUCAAGAAUUGAAAGCGUUCUUGCGUCUCUGCCACUGACUGCAAGGUGGGAGUACAUGCACGACCCACCCGAGAACUCCAAAGAAGCAGAAAUCUUGGAGGUUCUGCGGAAUCCCAAAGACUGGGUGCACUGACACGGGUCCUGAAGAAGAUGGAUUGCUUCCACUGAGCUGUUCUGAGCGAACAGGAACGCCUGCAAACCAGCCCAUUCAAACUGCUGUGGCGUGGUGUUUCAGUGUGUCCAUUUAUACUCUUCCUCGUGCCUUAGUUAUGCUGUAGACUUGUUAGAACUUGCAAAUGCGUGAACUCCUUCUUUUAGAUUGAUGGGCUAACAUUGUCACCCAUCAUUGUUGCCUUUUGAAGGACUGGUGAAGGCCUGACAGGGCUACUCUGCAUGCUUUAGAUGACUGCAAAAUGGCAAACUACUGUGAUAUGUUCAGGGAAAUGAAGGCAUUAUCUGUGCCAAAAUCUGUGCCUAAGGCACUGCUUACCCUUAUGGAAUGUUGGGAUGCUUAAAAACUUUUUUAAAAAGAAUAAAGAGAAUUUUUGGCAUUAUAUUAAA